GGUACGUUCGCGUUCCGUUCAUAAGCAAAUUUUUGAAUCGAGAAGCAAUCCUUAAAAAUGAACGAAACCGAGGGCAGCCUCUGGUGUUACCUGCCCUAUCCUGCGCUUUACAAAAUAUUUCAACACCUCACAUACAAAGAACUAGGAUCUGCAGGCCGAGUAUGUAAAUUGUGGUUGGAUGCCAGCAGAAAUGAUUUGCUGUGGAGGGAUUUAUUUUAUAAGAAUUUUUUGGUUGAUAAAUCGGUGCCCGUUGUGGCAGGGAAAUCAUGGUAUGAGGAAUUUAAACGUUUGUGUUAUAAAAUACCUGUUGUACAAACUGAAGUGCUAACUGAUCAUAUCCAUCAAGUAUUGCAUGUUAGUUUUUCACAUAACGGAAAAUAUUUUUCUACUUGCUCCAAGGAUGGAUUUGUUAGUGUGUGGAAUUCAGACUAUCCUGCCAGUAUUAAAUACAGCAAAAACAUGAAACACUUCAAAUGGAAAUAUACACAGUAUUCACAAUUCAAUGAAACUGAUACUUUACUUUUGGUUUCUGGGGUACAUUUUGGAACUACCCAUAGUACUUCUGGCGAAAUAGCUGUCUUCAACCUAGAUGGCUUCGAACUCCAGUGUAGAGUUGUGAACAAGCCAUAUGAUAUUUUCGGCACUUGGUAUAGCGAUCAAUAUCUUCUAUCUGGAGAUUUGCAUUGGUUGGCGCAUCUAGUGAGUAGUUCUCAUCUUUGGCUAAACAGAGCUUCACAGGAAGCUGAAUCGGAGUUGGUACCGAUAACACACUGUUUAUUUCGUUUCUACAAUCGGAACGCUAGUUCUAUAAGAGCGAUCAUGAUAGCAAAUUGCCUUCCAAAUUCUGAAAAUAUCAGUUUAGAGGAAAUUGAGUAUUCGGGGGUACCAGUCGAUCAGGGUGUCAUAUUCGAACAUGGAAAUCCAGUUAGCCACAGGGACAUGAACAACGUUCCUAGUUCAAGUAAAGCAGUAUUUGACGAUAUCCCCAUACUAAACCAUGCAAGAGUCAGCAGCGACUUCGCCAAUCCAAUAUGGUACAAUUCGGAAUACCGCAAAGUGGAAUUUGAGCAAAGCGAGGCCGCAGCGGGCGAUGACAGUGACUACGAGAUGGAUCAGGAUGACAAUAACAAGGAUGAGGGGUUUGACGACGACGACCAUUCUGAUUCCUCAGACGAAGCAGAAUCUUUAAAGGAUAAAUAUUUAAUAUUCACUACAGGCAAUAAGACCUACACCCCCCACCAAAUUGGUUUCAAACGGAUCAAACCUUUUGUUUUUCCUAAAAAAAUGGACCCCGGACCAUCCCUUAAGGAGAGGUUAAUUUUGCAUGAACAGAGGAAGGAGCAAAUGAGGUCAGGUAGCCCCUCCGCUGAUCCCGAUUGGCUGGAUUUUGACAAGGUUGCCGAUAAAUUCGAUAAAGUGGACCAUCUAAUUGACUUACACGGUCACAUCGUGGGUAUGGGCCUGAGUCCUGAUCACCGAUAUUUGUAUGUAAAUAGCAGGUCAUGGCCCGAGAAUUAUGUAAUACCCAAUCCGUUAGAUCCACCGCCAAUUGCCCAAGAAAUAGACAUACAUGUCAUUGAUUUGGUCACUCUUAAACAAGUGGGUACCAUGUUAAGGGCGCAUAAGGCUUAUACGCCUAAUAACGAGUGCUUUUUUAUAUUUUUGGAUGUGUGCAAUGAAUAUGUUGCCAGUGGGGCAGAAGAUAAGCAUGGAUACCUAUGGGACCGCCAUUAUGGGGUCUGCCUGGCAAAAUUUCCCCAUCAGGAUGUCGUCAACUCAGUGGCUUUUAAUCCCAAAGAUCCAGAAAUGUUAGUUACCACUUCGGACGAUCACAAGAUUAAAGUUUGGCGGUCAAGGUCAAAAAUGAAACAGCUUGGUCUGGACAAAAGAGACUUUCCCAUGGGCAUUGAACUCAGGAAAAACAGGAAAAAGACAAACAAAUAUCGGUAAUGUGAAUAAGAAAAGUGUGCACUGUAAAUAUAUUUUAGAGUUUGUGUUAUAGCAAUUCCAUAACCUCAACAACUACAUUGAAUUAGCAUUGCUAUGUAUAAUAUCGUUCUUAUCACAAAAUAUCAUAUUUUGAAAACAAAAUAAUGGGCCAAAUAAUUUUUUUUUCCAAAGAGAAUGUUUUCAAACCAGUGAUAAUAAAAUCCGGUGCUAAUAUAGGAAAUGUGUUCAUACGGCUACUUUUUAAAAAUAGCCUUUCUUUAGCCGCUAGUAACAGCCUUUUGUUUUUAGUUUUUUGUGGUGUCGAUUAUUUAUACUUUUUUAAAAUCAAAAUUUUUUCCGUAUAACCUAAUCUUCAGCAGUUUUUUAAAAAAAAAAUUCAACCAGCCAAACCAAAAUUUCAGAUGAAUUGAGAAGUUCUUUUCAAUAGUAAAGUUUUUCAGCUCAUAUUUUUGGUUUAUUGAUAAGCAUAAUAUUAAUUUUUGGUGAUAACUUCUCAAUUGUAAACUUCAAUACAAUGGGUGAUUUAAGGUUAUGGAAUUUUUUAUAAGACUAGGUAUAUAGUAUUUAUUUUAUAAAAUGUAAGGCAAAUAUACAUAUGACCUUUUGGUUUGUAGCAAAGCAGUAAAAGACUUUCUCAUUGCAUAAAUUGUCCACGGCUUUAAUACUCAGAUUACUUUUUUAAUUUUACGUUUUACCCGCGUUUGAUUUUGUGUUAAGA